AUGACAACUAUAAGAACUUUCCUAGCUGUGGCUAUGGCAAAAGGAUGGGAUGUUCAGCAACUUGACAUCAAUAAUGCUUUUGUGCAUGGAGAUCUAGAGGAGGAAGUGUACAUGGUGUUGCCUCCUGGCUUUCGGAAUUAUAAGCCAAAGCAGAUUGCUGAAUUGAAACAAACCUUAGACAAUGCUUUUAAGAUAAAGGAUCUUGGUCAUCUGAAUUUCUUUCUAGGAAUGGAAGCUUUCGGAACUCCUGAUAGGCUUAACAUAUGCCAAAGAAAAUAUGCUUUGGAUAUUUUAAAGGAAAAUGGUUUUCUGGAUGCAAAGCCUGCACAAACACCCAUUACUCCAGGGCAAAAUCUCAAUAAUGUGGAUUGGACCCUGAUGGAUAAUCUUGAAGAAUACAGAAGAUUGGUUGGGAAACUCCUUUAUCUAACCAAUACUAGACCAGAUAUCUCCUAUGUUAUACAACAACUAAGCCAAUUUGUGGACAAGCCUAGAAGCACACAUCUUAUGAUUGCUCAUAGGGUUCUAAGAUUCAUCAAAGGCUCUCCUGGAAAAGGAAUAUUUUUCCCAGCCAACACUCAAAUCAGACUGCAAGGUUUUUCUGACUCUGACUGGGCUUCUUGUGCAAAAACUAGGAAAUCAAUUACUGGUUACUGCAUUUAUCUUGGGCAAUCUUUAAUAUCAUGGAAAUCAAAGAAGCAGGUGACUGUAUCAAGAUCAUCAUCUGAGGCAGAAUACAGGGCCUUAGCAUCCACAACUUGUAAAAUCCAAUGGCUCCUGUACUUGCUAGCAGAUCUUGGAGUAAAACCUACUCAUCCCACUACUUUGUUUUGUGAUAAUCUGUCAGCUAUUGCUAUAGAGGGAAAUCAUGUUUUCCACGAACGCACUAAACACAUUGAAAUAGAUUGUCACAUAGUAAAGCAAAAGGUAUAUGACAAGGUAAUCAAGUUGAUGUCUAUAGCUUCACAGAAACAGGUAGCUGAUGGUUUCACCAAAGCUUUGCCUAAAUUGAGCUUUGAUAACUUUCAUUCUAAGCUGGGCCUUCAAGACAUUCAUGCUCCAACUUACCCGGCGGGGAGGGGGGGGGGUGACAAAAUAUGCUGA